AUCAAAUUUGAACCGCAAAAUAAUAAUAAAUAUUUCAAUCAUCCCGUACUCACCAUAACUUUGACUCACAAUUUCGGUUUAUUUGUUAUGGAUGUAGACGGCAUACAAAAUUUACGGGAAUGGUCACCAUUGUCCGACCUUUUAUCGAAAAUACCCGCUCGGAUACAGAAGACAUUCUUCUAUCAAGACGUAAAUAUAACUUGUAUCGAUGUUCUGUCCGAUUUCAUUGCUCUUGGCAGCGAUGUAGGUAUUGUGUUUUGGUAUAAUCGAUCGACUGGAGAUGUUCAGAAGUUGAGGAGUGAGUUCACCUCGCCAAUAACAUGCGUAAAAGUUGUUUCGAGCGUGGAAUAUAUGUUAGCGUGCGGUUCAUCUAAUGGCCAAGUCAGUGUGUUUCAAAUACAAAAGGAACAUCCUCCCGAUCUGAACCUUGUCACGCCAAUGACGAAACCAAAGCCCGUUGAGAGGUACACAAUCCGUGAUCUUCAUCAGAGCGCUAUCAGAUCAGUGGAAUGGUCAAAGAAUGGAAUGAAACUGUUUUCCGGUGAUAAGGCAGGCGUCGUAGUUUUGACUGAGUUUGACUUUCAAAUGCACAUUAGCAAAUCCAUGGAGAUUCUGAACGAAGCCUACGACAUCGUACAAAUUAGCUUUAAUAAGCCAUGGCUGCUGAUAUCUACCGUGUAUCGAGCUAUAGUCUGUCAAUGUGACAAAGACGGCAGAUGGAAAGUCUCACAAGUAGGCAAACAAGACCGGAAGAUUCUUAGCGAAGUUGGUGCAGCCUUUAUGGUUCGAUCGCGUCAGACAUCGUUGGUGUGUGCCCGGCCGGGAUAUCGAUUUUGGUUGUCUGACACCGAUGGAAAUGUAUCGCAAACAUUGCUGUUUAAGGACUCGCUGCCAAAGUUUUCGUUUGAAAUUCCCAUUUUGAAUCCAGCUCAGAUUAAAUGUCAAUUGCCGUCGAAUUUCGGUCGAUGCUACGUCUAUCAGGCUACGUUCGUGUUAACGUACAGCGAGAACAUUCUUUAUAUUCUGGACAUCGAAAAGCUAAAAGUUUUGGCCUCGCUGAAACGACUGAGGAAAAUCAUCGGCAUCAGCGUAUGCGGUUCGGAAAUCUUCAUUCUGGAAGGACCACGUAGCGUAGUUAGAAUCUCAAAUGUUCCCGAACCCGUCAACAAAAUGACAUCGAAAUUUUACUUCAACACCGGCUUAACUCCAAGCAAUACUUUCGAACCAUCGCCCGUUGAAUUCGAAGCCGAAGAAGAAACUGUGCUCAACGCCGAAGAAUGUUUUGAAUUGCCGCCCAUCGAACAAUUACAACUGAAAACUCCGAUCACAAUGUCACUUAGUGAACACGACCUGUUAUCGCAGGACAAGAUGCUCUUGGAGCAUAGUAAAAAGGCUGAAAUAUUCGAGAAAAUCGGUCAAUUGGAGUUCGACAGUUCGAUUCUAUUCAAAACUGGUGUAAAGAAGAAAAAACCGAAGGACAAGACCAACAGAGUGAUUAGCGAAGGUAUCGUGGAAAUCGGACGACCGGCUGAUUUAAGUGAAAAUAAUACGCCAAAGGUUGCGGAUGGAGCCACUAAAGUGGAAACGAAUCGGCCUUGCGUGUUAGAUGCAAGCUUUUGCGAGGGCAUAGUCACAGAUCUAGGAUCACCGAAAACGAUGAAUAAAUUGCUAGAGUCCAAAGAAAGCAAACUUGCUGCUGCAUUGAACAUUGAACCUGUGAGCUGUGAAAAAAUCGCUUUACGAAAACCGACAACCAAAUUAACUCCAGAUCUGGCACCAGAAUUUCAUUAUCCCCUGUAUCCGCUAGUGGAUCCGAACGAACUAUUGGUAGCGCAUACAACGCCGCAGAAAAAAAUGUUUUUCUUGGACAAUGAUGAUAGAUCGUCAACGAAAGAAUCGCCGAGUUCUAGUAAUCAAUGUGACGACGUUAAGAUUGGACAGAAUAAAAGGCGAUCAUCGAGUCCUGUUCGUGGUGAUGACGGUACUGCUGACAUUCCGGAUGUGAAACAAGUUCCCGACUAUAUGAACAUACCGAAUUUGUGGAACGUUCAACUAAUUGAACCGGAAACUGAGAAGCAACCAGAUGAAAAGUCACAUCCAGAAAGUAGUGGUAGUAGCAGUGAAUGGGAAUUGGUUUGAUGAUGGGUGUGAUUCGGAUGAACGAAAGUUAGAUGUAAAGAAGGACCUGUGGCUGUUUUUGUACUUUCGUUUACUAUUUUCUUAUAAUUUGCAUCCGAACGCAUUUUGUUUUGUUAAAUUUGUGUGAUAGCAAGGCCGAAGCGGCGUAUCUAUUCGAAAAAUAAAUUUUCUUUUUGCACAAAGGA